CCGCGUUGAAAGAUCCUCGAUAGGUGUGGCCAGUUUCCCCCAACCACAAUAACGGCCUUCCGGAACACCGCAGCUUCUGCGAAAACGAUCUGCUAAACGAAGGUCGGUUCUUCUUUGCUAUUGCUUCCUAUCAAUUUGUAGAGAAUCCAAAUCCCUCAACUUUUUGGCAAUUUCUUAAUGGGGUCCUGGCACGAGCAACGACACCACUGUAGAGCUACGACUCCACUCACAGUCACUGUCUCCACCGCCUUUGAAUUUCUUUCCCCAGAUUUUUAUCAGACACCUUGUCGGCGGAAACAUCUGUUUUGCGCUCUUAUAUAUACUCUGCUUCACUUACAGAAAUUCGUAGUCGGGUUUUCUUUUCUUUUUCUUUUUCUUUUUUUCGUUUUCGGAACUGUGUGUUUUGGGGGGUUUAACAGAUGAAACCCAUUGAGGAGAGUGAUUCGGUUUCACCUAUUGUGGUUUCUUCUUGUUCUUCUGCUCAAUCCGGGUUUGAUGCUGCUGGGUUUUCUUCGGACCCUGAAUUGAUGUUAUUGCCCUUUUCGCGGCCUUUAAUGGGUUCUGAAUCGUUUUCUCCUUGUGGGUCUUUUCUUGAGGAUACAGCAGCAGGGCUUUCAAUGGUGAGUAUUGGUUUUUCUUCGUCUCCAUCUACUGGAGGCUUUUUGGCUGAAAACCCAAUGCCAACUUCCUCUGCACACCACAUGUUCGACGUAAUGCUUGAACCAGAUAAAGGAGCUUUGGAUCCAAUUGUGAUGCCGUGUAUGGGGAGUGAUGUGCCUCAACCGCUAGAAUCCCUUCAUGGUCAGUUUGUUCCGCCAUUUCUGUGGAAGACUUUCGAUAUUGUUGAGGAUCCUGCGCUUGAUCCGAUUGUAUCUUGGGGUUCAAAAGGGCAGAGCUUUGUGGUUUGGGAUCCCGUGGAGUUUUCUAGAGUGAUUCUUCCUUCUAAUUUCAAGCACAACAACUUCUCCAGUUUUGUCAGACAGCUAAAUACUUAUGGGUUCCGCAAAAUUGAUACAGACAAGUGGGAGUUUGCGAAUGAAGCUUUCCAACGAGGGAAGAAAUACUUAUUAAAGAACAUUCAGAGGCGCAAAUCACCUCAUUCUCAGCAGAUUGGAAAUUUGAUAGGGCCAUCUAUUGGAGGAGGGAAGUCUGGAUUAGAAGAUGAGAUUGGAAGGUUAAAGAAAGAGAGGAGCAUGUUAAUGCAGGAGGUUGUUGAAUUGCAGCAGCAGCAGAAGGGAACUGCUCAGCAUGUGAAUACGGUGAACCGACGCCUCCAGUCAGCAGAGCAGAGGCAGAAGCAGAUGAUUUCUUUCUUGGCAAAGUUGCUUCGGAAUCCAGAAUUCUUAUUUCGCUUGCAGAAAAAGAAGGAACAGAAAGAUAUCGAUUCCCAAAGGGCAAAACGGAAAUUUGUUAAGCAGCAUAAACAUGAAGCAGAUGGUUUUACACCGUCCACGGAAGGGCAGAUUGUGAAAUACCAACCUGAUUGGGAAAGUCUCGCCAGAUCAUCAACAGCACUGGAUUUGAAUCCAAGCCUGCUCGAAGGACCUUUUGCUUACAUUCUGCAGGGAGCAUUUGAAGAAUUGGGAUCAAUUCCAGAAAGGAUGCCUAAUUUUCAACUUAAGAAUGCAUCAUCAGGCGAUGAAAUUUCAUCCGAGGAAUUAGCAUUCCAUCACGGAAUUGUAAAACCAACAGAGGAGCUGAGAGUAGAGGCUUCAAACAUGUCGAUGGAGGAUCAACAUCUCAAGGGAAAGGCUAUUGAGAGUCCCCCAGAAUCAAAUCCUGACUAUUUUCUCUCAUUGGCAGAGGAUAUUCUACAGUCCUCACAUCAUGGAACCGGAAGCAUCAUUAAACCAGAAGAACUUUGGAAUGCAUAUUUGAAUGUUGAUGCUGGCCCGUCCCGUUUGAGCACCGAGUUGUGGAGCAAUCCAGUCAGUUACGAGGAUCCAUUUUUUCAAGUUUCUAGCGGGCCUUCACCAAUCUGGGAUUUGAGCUCCCAGCCGGCCGGAGAUUCGGGCACAGACAAGUGGUCAGCUUCUGGUUUCUCAUUCGACGAUCCAGAUAGUCAAGCUUAACUCAAAAAUGUCAAUGACUCGGAUAAUACAUAAUCGUAGAGAUUUCAUUACCUAUUACUUCUGCAGCCAUUAUGAAUCCUAGUUAUUCAUCUAGUUGAAGGGACUAUGGAUUGAGUGAUUUAUUUAUUUACUUAGAAAAUGAAAUAUGAUCAUUCACUUCUAAUUCAGGAUCUUCCUUUAUUUCAUUCUCCAACUUCCAUUUAUAAAAUGCAGAGAGUUAUAUAGGUUUGUUGUGAUAACACAUGUACAUGAAGUUGCAGGCAUGAGAUGAAACCAUUGGACACAGAGAAUGAUGCAGUUUGCAUUCAACAAGAAACUGGCGUUCGUGGAAGAAUGGAAAGAUGGGGCCCUCGAUCCGCUGUGAUUUUCUUCUCUCCCAACUUCGAUGGAUUUGUCCAAAAAACUGAUUGCCAAGAACUUGAAAACCAUUGCAAGUGAUCGAGGAAUUUAAUUGGCAAUUGGAACCCAGAUUUGAGGAGCUUCGAGAGGAUGGUUUUCGAUUGAAUUUCAUUGGCAUAGAAGUCUAGACACAUGUUACCGACUAAGAAGUUAGAGAGUUGAAUUCUUUGUUGUUAUUUGUUCAUAGUUGUACCUUAAAAUGUAUUACAAUGUCAAAAUGAGCGAA